ACUAGUCUUCCUCAUCGAUCAGAAAUGUCUGAAAUUGACAACAACAGUUUUCCAGUCCCCCACCCCUGGGUCCUGAGGGAUGGGUAUGACCUGCCUGUGUAUGGUCUAGCUUCUGGGAGAUUUUAUGCCUUACACAUACCUGCGCUCAUCUGUAUCUUCCUCAGCUUGACUUCGGUUAUUGUAACAAUUGUUCUCAGUUUCAGAAAAAAACCCAAAAAAUCUUUUUUUGAUUGGACUAAAAGUGAGAGAUUUAUUGUUUAUAUGGCAAUUUGCGAUGGCGCUUUUAACGUGUCGCAUAGUUUGGACCAUCUUCAAAUUCUAGCCACAAGGAACCAUGUAUAUCCCGUGACAUUGUGUCAAUUUUAUGGUGUCAUGUUGUUAGAGUUUAUCACGGCUCAGAACUUAAUGGUUAAUAUUGUGGCAGUUAACGCAUUCACUCUUAUGAUCUUCAAUAAACAGCUGAAUUUUGGGAAACGAGACUGGCGACUUCUCUUGUGGAUUUUUGGAACACCUUUCGUCUUCUCAAUGAUAGCUCUUACAACCAAACAGAUUGGUCCUACUGGCUCAGCUUGCUCGUUUGACGGCGUUAAUGGGAAAAUGGGAUCAUUUCUACUAACGACGCUUCCUCUCUCCGUCAUUCUCGUUAUGAACACAACGCUAUACGUUUUGACGUGGAUUAAACUUCGUGCUAUGGAACAAAUGCUGAAGAAAUCACUGGGAAAACAGUCGUCUGCUACACGAACAAAGCACGCAGCAGUUCGCGCCAUGUCUCUGUUUGUGCUAGCCUUCCUCAUUCAAUGGUGGGCCAUGGCUAUGCGUGGGAUUUGGGGCUUCGCCCAGCCAGGUGGUGUUCCCGCUGCAGUUCACCACACCGUCACCACAUUUUCCAACAUCGGUGGGAUAUUAAAUCUCGGGGUUUACCUUCUGAUCAGACGACAAAUGCAUCUACAGUUGAAAUCUGAGAGUAGCUCGGGCACAAAACGACCUGGGACUAAAGAUACAAGUGACACGGAGUUAUAGAAUAUUACAGAUCUGUCAAUCAUAAUUAUUCUCAAGAUCAUGCCUUUUGCUCUUUGAUACCAGUUCCAAAGGCUUCCAAAUGCAGGAUACACAUUUUUUCCCAAAAAACAUUAAUGAAUAAGGCUCACAUGUAUAUCACAUAUUUCAGCCGCUAUAUCAAAGCCUCAAACAUAUAAUAGCAAAAUUCAUAGAUGCAUAACACACUAUUGGAGUAAUGUUAUUUCAGAUGUACGGCUAUUGUUUCCCGCUGAAAGUGGGGAAUAUUAAUAUCGGUCUUUCUUUCCGUUCGUCCGUCUGUCUGUAAGUUCUGUCUGUCUGUAGUGAAGCCUUUGACAUUUUCCAAUAAAAUUUUACAUAAUAACUGCCUAUGGCCAAAGGAAGACCCCUAUUGAUUACGAGAUCAAAGGUCAAAGUAAUAUGUUCAAAAAUGUUUUAACACUUUCGUCUCCAUGCGAUAUCUUGAGAAGCCUUUGAGCGUUUGCAAUGACAUUUUAUACAAUAACUCCCUAUGGCCUAAAGAAGACCCCUAUUCAAAGGUCAAAGGUCAAGGUUGUUAAUUCAUAUUUUCUGUCUGGGCCGGAAUUAAAAAUAUCUUUGUUUCCCCUAACCCGACCCUAAAUUCUCAAGCUGGGUCGGUAGGUAGGUAAACAAUUUUAUAUUCUGACAGCAGCUUUGAAAAUACAUUUUAAAAUUUAAUGGAAAAUUACCUUUAUAAAUAAGAAAAAUACAAAAGAAAGCAAUUUGUGAACAAAAUGCUAAGUAUCGUACAUAUGCCGUAUAAAAGCAAAAUUCAUGAUUAAUUAAUUCACAACUGUUAUUUAGUGAACUUGUGAAAUAUAUCACGCCAUUACAUUAAAUAAAUUGAAUAAAAUAGACAUGAUUCUAUUUACGCAAAGACCAGACAUACGAGUAUAUUUUUUCCAAACCUUCCAUCAGCCUUCAGAGCUUAUUGACGAUCAAUAUACUUUUUUGAGGGCCAUGAGAUUUGCAGCGGUUCUGGAGCAUUUUGCUUUGAAAUUAAGAGAAGUAAGUGGCUAAUUUUAUAUCGCAAGUUCAAAUCCCAACUAGAGGUACUGUGAGCGAUGAGCUCACUAAAUGAUACCCCCCGCCUCCAUAUAGUUAUAAUGGCAAAGUCCAUGUUUUGCAGUGGCCAUGAAACCAAAAAUAUAUGUCCGAUCAAAAAGUAAAAUAGGAGGUGCACAAUGGCAAUAUGUAAUAAAGAUUCUGUGAAAGUUUCAUCAAAUUUCAUUCAGUGGUAUGAGAGGAGUUGCGGAUAAGAGAUGGGUACCCCAAAGCGUAACAGACGGACGGACGGACAGCUAGACGGACGGACGGACAGACGGACGGACGGACAGACGUACAG